AUGCGUUUCUCUACGGUUCUCGGUGCUGCUUUCUCGCUUUCUUCUUUACUUUUGGGUGUCGUACGGGCUGAAGAGUCAGUAACGGAGGGUGAGCCCGAAAUUACUGCUUCUGCUGCGUUCCCGGAGGACAAUGCUUUCAAUCAAAUUGUGAAUGGCCGCAAGAACGCGUUGACUGUGACCGUCUCCAACAAAUCUGGUCUCAACGCUACUCUCGUCCAAAUUCUCGGUUCCCUCACCAACCCCAACACUGGCAAGCUUGUCAAGAAUUUGACUGAAGCUAAAUACAAUGGGUUCCCUCUUUUGCAAGACAUUGACAUGCAAAUCCCCUACGUCUUCUACAGCGAGUUCAAGCCUGGUGAACACCGCCUGAACCUGUGGGUUGAGCACCAGAUUGACGACAAGAAAUACCGUGUCGAGGCUUACGACUCUGUCGUCUCCGUUGUUGAACCGGAGUUCUCCAUCUUUGACAUCAAGCUCAUCCUCACUUACCUCAUUGUGGCUGGCAUCCUUGGUGGAGCUGGUUUCCUGACCUACCAGUCCUACGUUCCUCAGAAGAAGAAGGGCAAGAAGACCGCCGCACCCGCGGCCAGCACCCCCGUUACCGCUACUGCCACCGGUGCAGGAGGCUACGAAGAGGAAUGGAUUCCCGCGCACCACUUGAAGAAGCCCAAGUCUGCAAAGAAGGCUUCCGGUGGAUUCACCAGUGGAACCAGUGGGGACGAGUUGAGCGCUGCUGAGACCAGUGGAACCGAAGCCAGGAGACGAAAGGGCAAGAAGAACUAG